UGUUUGCAGUCAUACCGCCAUAUUGUAUAUGUAGCGCGGGUCACUGGCGCGUGUAUGGGACUUUUUGUGAAUAUUUCGUGAGGUAAAAGUGUGUGAAUCGACAAAAAUCAUAGGAUAAUACACGCGAUGGAUCCGGCAAAAUUAAAAGUGGUUGAAUUAAGAUCGCAGCUGUCUCAGCGAGGUCUUGACACGAAAGGCAACAAAGCGGUGCUUGUUGAGAGACUUCGUAAGGCGUUGGAAGAGGAAACGGAAAACAAACCAGAACAAAAGAUGACUGAAAAUACAGAAAAUGUAGAUGAUACUGCUUUGAAGGAAGCAAGUAAAAAAUCAGUCCAACCACCGAGAACACCUAGUCGUUCCUCUAGAAGUUCGUCCUUGACACCGACAAAAAUUAGUACCAGAAGUACGCCAAAGCAUGCAACAACACCGUUAUCUAGUAAAUCUUCUACACCAAAUAAAGAACAGUCUAUAGAAAAAGCAAAAGAUUUAUUGACUACAAUACCGAAGUCAAUUACAGAAGAACAUAUAACGACCGAAAGAGAUCUAAAAACUCCUCCUCCUCUGCAAAAGGAUCAAGAAGAUGAAGAUGAAGAAGAUGAACAAGAUGCAAUGUUACUUGCGCAAGAAAAAGUACAAACGUCUACUUCUGAAGACUUAAAGGGAUACUUAAGCGAAGAUCAAAAAGAAGAAGAAGAUAAUUUAUUAAAGGAUGAUGCCGAUGAAGAUGCAUUACUGAAAGAUACAUCGGAAGAUGAAUUACUGAAAGAUUCGUCGAGAGACGCAUUACUAAAAGAUUCAUUAGAAGAUGCGUCGAUGGAAGAAGCAUUGGAACAUGUUGAGGAACGAUCUUCUGAGAUACCUUUAGAUUCGAGUAAAAAAUUUGAAGGUAGCCUAGAGGAAACGAAUGAAAGAGAAGAACGCGACGUGGAAGAGGAAAAGGAAGAAAAAACAGUGGAGAACGAAAGCACUUCAGAGAAUAUUGAAUCAUUUAAUGAAAAUAAUCAAAAUACAUCGAACAAAGAGUUGCAAAAGGACGUUGAAAAAAGUGAGGUAGAGAUACGAUCAAAGGACGGUAUUUCCGAUACAGACGGCGAUGUCGAGAUGAAAGAAAACGUAGAAGCGGUGGAACGUGUUACCGAGGAAGACAAAGAUUCAACAGCGGAACAAUCAAUUUCGGUUAUCAGUGAAAAUCAAAAGGAAUCUGAUAUAAUACAAGAAGAAGAAACGUUGGAAGAUGAGAAGAAUACUCAGGUAGAAGAAACAACAAUAGAGAAAGAUGAUCAACAACAAUUAGAUACGAAAGAAGCGACCGAAGAGGAAUGUAAUAACGACGUAUCUAUAGCCGAUCAGGAUGUAGAAAUGGUAGAAGUUAAACGCGAAGAAAAUAUAAAGGAAGAUAAUAAGGAGUGGAAUAUGGAUCAUAAUGACAGAAAACGUAAGAGAUCUUCUAGUCCUCCCGAAGAAUUCCCUUUAUUACCUCUACCAGAAAAUGAACCUGAAAUUGAUAAUUCUGCUGUAAUUUUAUCUUGGUAUGACUCAGAUUUAAAUUUGCUUAUUGACAAAAAUGGUUUCGUAUCUGCUACACCGAUGCACAAUGAUGGUUUCUGCUAUAUAUGGGCAGGAGCUCGAGCGUCGUACGGAUACACAAGCGGAAAAAUAUAUUACGAAGCAAAGAUCAUUGAUUAUUGUUCUAUUAAUAUACAAGACGAAGAAUAUUCGCAUGUACUUCGUGUAGGAUGGUCUGCUUCUUAUACUUCCAUGCAGCUUGGCGAAGACAAAUUAAGUUAUGGUUAUAGUGCAAUAGGGAAAAAAUGUACAGAAAAUAAAUUCGAAGAUUAUGGAUCACAAUUUAAUAAGGACGACGUUAUUGGAUGUUACGCGGACAUGUCGCUUGAAAAUGACGUUGUAUUGUCAUAUACAUUGAAUGGAAAAGAUUUAGGAACUGCGUUUUGUAUUCCUAAAGAAGAGCUCGGAGAUAAAGCAUUAUUUCCGCAUGUUUUAAGUAAAAAUUGUACUUUUACUUGUAAUUUUGGUCAAGAAAAACCAUGGAGCGAAGAAAUUUUGGAAGGAUACGCGGUAGUCGGUACCGUUGAUUUAGAACAUAGUACCCCUGGUCCACGAAGACCAGAGACAAAAGAAGAUUGUGAAGUUUUAAUGAUGUGUGGCUUACCUGCUGCUGGAAAAACUGUAUGGGCAACAAAACAUGCUGCGCAAUAUCCAGAAAAAAUGUACAAUAUUUUGGGAAUAAGCACGCUUGUUGAUAAAAUGAAAAAUAUGGGCCAACCACGAAAACAAAAUUACCACGGUAGAUGGGAAGUACUUAUCGAAAAAUGUACUCGUACUUUAAACAAGUUAUUAGAAAUGGCAUGCAGUAGAAGACGUAAUUACAUUUUAGAUCAGACAAAUGUAUAUCCUUCUGCACAAAGACGAAAAAUGAAGAAUUUCCGUGAUUUUCAAUGUAAGGCCAUAGUUGUAAUACCAACGAACGAAGAAUUCAAAUCACGUACUGCUAAACACGAAGCGAUUGAUGGAAAGGCCGUUCCUGAUUCCGUAGUAAUGGAAAUGAAAGCCAAUUUUAGUGCUCCAGAGGUAGGAGAACUUUUCGAUAAUACGGUUUGGGUCGAACUUAACAAAGAAGACGGUAGGAAAUUAAUUGAAAAAUACAACAAAGAAGGAAAGGAAGCCGGUUAUGGCCAACAAUCGGCUAGUAAACGACCAAGAUUCGAAAGAAGUGAAGGUCACAAAGAUAACCGUGAUUCGCGAAAUAGUCGUGAUAGUAGAGACAGUCGAGAUAGUCGAGACAGUCGAGAUAGUCGAGAUCAUCGGGAUCAUCGCGACAGAAGAAAUAAUUAUUCAAAUAGAAAUCGUAAUUCCAUGUGGCGUGGUAGCAGUAGUAUGGGAAGUUGGAGAGACAGAUCUUUAAGAGGAGGUCACAUGAGACACAGUGGUGGAUAUGGUCCACCAAGCAAUUGGAGAAGCAGAGGUGGUAUGCCUAUCCCACCACAUCGUGGAGGAGAUAGGAGAGGUGGAAAUAAUGACAGAAGAAGUGGAAAUGAUAGAAAUCGAUCGGUAGCGCGACAAAGUGGAUGGGGCUCUGCAAGUAGUUACCAAGGAUCACAACCAUCGGGAUGGAAUCAACAAGGUGGUAGUUGGUCAAAUAGCAGCCAAUCGCAAGGAGGAGGUUGGGGACAAGGAGGAUGGGCGGGACAGCAGCAAUCAGGCAGUUGGAAGAGUUAUGGCCAAGGAUCGUACAGCCAGUGUAGUUACAAUCAACAAGGUUAUGGCAAUGGAAAUUGGAACCAACAGUAUUAUAAUCAGUAUUGGGAUCCGCAGCAGUCAAGUGGGCAGACAACUGCAGCUGGUAGCCAAGCUGUAAGCACAAGUGUAACAGAAAUCUCUGAAGAUUCAGAGGCUAAGUAUAGUCACCCACAAAGAUGGCAAGGAUAUACACAGACAUAUUCUUUCCCCUCUCAGAAUGCUACUACAGACGUCCAACAGUCCCAACAACACAAGUAGAAAAUAUAUUUCUAGAUAAAAGAAACGUAGCAAUAAUGCAUUCAUUUUUUGUUUCACUAUCUUGCAAUGUGUAUGUUUUUUAGGAAAUAUUGCAUAAAUAGCAAUAAACGAUAUGCUUUCGAUGCUUCAACAAUACAGUAAACAAAUCUUAUAAAGGCAUUACGAUUAUAUCGUAUCAAAAUUCUAAAUUAUAUAUUUUACAAAGUGGUGCAUUGAGAAUGCAGAAAGCAAAAUCAUUUUACAAAUUUAAUUACUAUAUCAUAGAGAAUAAUCCCACUAUAUAUAUAUAUAUAAUAUAUAUUAUAUAUAUAUACAUAUAUAUUAUAUACAUAUAUAUAUGUAUUGUAUACAUAUAUAUACAUACAUAUAUAUUUGUAUAAUAUAUAUACAUACAUAGAUGUGUGUGUGUGUGUGUGUAUACAUAUAUGUAUAUAUAUAUUUAGUUAUCGAUUAAACGUAGUUCUAAUUCUGCAAGUGCAUUAAUAAUAACAUUGACAUAUAAUCGAUAUGAAUAGUAUAAUUAUUACUUUUAUAACGGGUUUAUAACAAAUGUUUAAAGAGGAAUAUUACUAUGUAUGGAUACAUUACAUGAUUAGUAUUAUGGCAACAAUCUUUACUUAUUUAUCAUUAUUAUUAUAAAGGAAACCGUGUAAAUAUGUACAUAUCUCAUUAUUGAGUUAUGCAAAAAUAAUUGGUAAUCUAUAUUUAUAUUUUAAGACAAAUUUUUAAAAAAUAUUGUUAUAUUUUGUCAUGCAGAAAAUCAAGAACAAAUACCCAUUUUGUUUCAACUUUCCAUAUCAACGAUGAUGUAUAAAGAUAUGGCACGAAUGAAUUAUUCUUGGACUUAUACAAAAUUAUUUUUUAUUAUACGAAAGGACUGUAAAGACUAAUAACUAUCUUUAUCCUUAUAUACAAAAGUAGAGCAAAAAAAAAAUGAUAUGGGCAAGAAUAUAAGCCUCUUAAUAUUUGGUACAAAUGUCAGAGAUCAGAACUGCAAAAAAAAAUAUAUAUAUAUAUUUUUAUUUAUACUCUUUUCUAAAGAAUAAUAAUAAGAAUGAUCGAUUGAGUUUACGAAAUAAAUUAUAUAAGAAAAAAUUAAUUUCUAGUGAAACAAAAUAUUAUAGCAUGUAAAUUUAAAAAUUAUGAAAUAAAUAACAUAAAAUAUAUUUCCGUUGCUCAUGUAGCAUGUUAAAUGUAUCUGUAAUCCAGUGUAAUUCCUCUGUCUAUAUAUUCGAAAAUGCAAAUAUCUUUUUAAAUAAUAAUAAGAAUUUUGUGGUUUUUUCUAUUUUCAAGAUGAUGUAUUAUUAUAUAUUAUUCUCUUACACAUUUUUCUGUAGAAAGUUAAAAAGCGUCGAAUUAGUUAUAAAAAAUAUAUAUCGCGAAAAUUUUUUCAUAAUUGUGAUCAAGUAAGUAAUGUCACGUGACUAUCUGUGUUGUAAUAAUAUAAGCACUUGCAUUUUAAAAAUAUAUGUGAAUAAUCAGGGUUAAUAUACAAAUGAUUAACCCGAUUAUAAUAAUAAUGGAAAUUUUAAAAAAGGAAACGUAGGUAAAGCAGAUAACUUGGCAAAUGUCUAUACUAUCAAAAAUCUUUGAGUUAUAGUAAAGUACGUUGUACUUGUGCUAUUAUUAAAUAUACAAACCUUGUUAUCUGCUCUUCCUUAAAAAACAUUGUACAGUAAGAGACAUUUCGAACGAACAGUCUUUACCAAGUACAUCAAGUUGAUUAUACAAUAAAUUAGAAUUUAGAUGACUAUAUAUUCAAACUGUGAGAAUAUUAAGAAGUAUGAAGAGAGUGUGACAUAUUUUAUAAGAAAUAAUCAGAAAAUCUAUUUAAGCUAAGUGUAGGAUAGAAUACCAUUAUAAUGUUACCACAAUUCAAAGUUCACAAUAUUCGCAAUGCCUUCUGUAAAAUCACCCAAAUGCGUCAUAUUCGAAAUUUUUUCUAUACGAGAAAGAUUAUAGUGCAUAAUCGAUAAAUUUAAUUGUUAACGAAAAUGUGUACAAACUUAUUCAAAGAAAUAAAAGAUUUCUUCUACCUAUUUUAUCAAUAAUUAUUAUAUUAUAAUAACUUUAGUGACUAGUGUAUAUUUUCUAAAUAAAUUUGAAUAAGAAGAAAAUAUUUAUAAAUUUUUAUUCUUUUGGUCCUAUCUUUGCACUAAUCUUUAAAACUAUGAAUCGUUGUAUAAUAGAAAAAAAAAUCAUAAUCGUCGUCUUUCAAUCUCUUUUCUUUAAGCGUGAUCCUUGCUGUCUUCGAUUCUAUGCAAAGUGAUAGUAGACGAAAACAAUAGAAGUACAACUUUUUUAUUUGAACAAUCUUUACAUUUAUGUAUACGUUUUUACAAUAAUUUCAAUUUCUUGUAAAAGACGACGUUUUAUUAAAAUUGCAAUAAUCAAAGGAAAGGAGUAAAAUUUUCGAAUAAAACGCAUGUGUGUGGACAGUAUAAUUCGAUUUUUAUGUAUAUAUUUAUCUUUUUCAGAAAGAAAUACAGUAAUCUGUACAUAUUCUACUUAUACAAUUUAAAGAGUUGCCACUGUAAUCAUCGCGAAAUUUGUAUGUAUGAUUUCAAUUAAAUAUUCGAUCAUCUGAGGAGUAAAAAGUAUAAAGUUUAUUACGAUUUGUAGAUUAACGACAAAUACGUUUUUAUUUUAAUCGAGAUUACUUUGUUUGUCUCCAUGGGCUUUAUUAAAUCUUUUCGCAUAUUUUCAAGAUUUAUUAGAAACAUUUCGAUCGACAUAAUUUAGACGUAAGACGAAAAACAUAUUGGGCGAGAUAAACGAUUACGUGUUUUUAGUUAUAGCCACUAAUAUGCAAGUAUUUUUGUAAUAUUAUAAAGCAUAAGAGUAGAUACUUCGUUGAUUUUUAUUAUGCGCUAAUACGAAAAUUUGUAUAAUUUCGAAACGAUUGCAUUUAGAUAUGCAAUCGAAAAAAAGAAUAUACGCGCAAACGAUUAGAAAACGAUCCUUAAUUUAGAGGUAUCUACUCGCGUACAAUUAUAGACUUACAUAUUUCAUUAUGUUUGAUGACGUAUUUUAUUUACUUUUAUAGAAUGGAUGUAAUUGGUAGACAAUGAAUAUUUGAAGGACACUUAGUAUAAAAGUUAUAUAAUACAAGUUUAUAUAUUUUAAUAUAUCAGUGUCUUGUAUAUUGUGAUAACAUAAUAAACGUCAUGGUAUUAUCUGUGUUUAUAUAUAUAGCAAUAAUGAAAGCAUUCCAGAAAGCCUAAAACACAUAUUGUGUAGAGAUGUUAUGCUUCCAAACGAUGAUCCAUGUUACACAAUUAUGAUCAUGUAAGUGCAUUGUAUAGUUUAUACGAUAUUAACUGUUGAAUUGUGAGCGAUAUAUCUAUUUUAAAAAAGAAACCAAAAUAUCUGUCAUGGAUAAUAGCUCGUCCGUCUGUAUAUUAUAUGUUAUUAUUUAGACUUUUUAAGCUUUCUUAGAUAUCCAAUGUUUAAUAAAAUCACCACUCGCUAAACUAAUUUAGUAUCCGUGAUACCUCCACCCUUGUUAGUUCCUCCUCUUAUAUAAAUAUUUUUCUUUAAAUAUCCUCCUACUAAUAAUAUAAUAUAAAAAUUCAUUGAUUAUAAAUGUAAAACAAAUCAUUAUGUUAAAAUAUAUUUAAUAUACUUUGUUAA